ACAAAUAAACUGCAAAAUUGGGAAGAGAGAGAGAGAGAGAGGGUGAGGGGAGGAGGAGGGGUGAGCUUACUUUAUUGCCUUUUUUUGUGAUGCACGCAUCCAUGGCAGAACAGGAGAAGAGUACGGACUACUGCUAGGACACAGCAAAGAGGGGUAGAAGGAAGAGGAGGAGGAGAGAGAAGAAGGAGAAGAAUAAGAAACCAACAAGUUUAGAGAGAGAGAGAGAGAUAAAACAAAGGGAGGGUAUGGAGCUGAAUCGGUGAUAUGGAGCUCAAAAGGAAGAGAAAAAGCCAGGUUCAGCUCUCUGGGUUGAUGGGUCUCUUCAGAGAUUCAUGGCCUUGAAGGUUGCUUUGAGGCUCAAACAAGUCCAGGCCCCGAAGACAGCCAAAACCUAGGUGGCCAUCCUUUUUCUCAACAUUCAAGGGUUUUUCUCUGUGCUCGGUUGAGAUCUCGGGUUUUCUCGAGCUUUUGCGUUCGAUUUUAGAUGAUAGGAAUGCAAUAUAAGCUGCAGGGAGGGAAGGGCUUGUUGGAAGUUUCAGCUUUUGGUUCCGUUUCUUCUUUGGAAUCCAAGUGGAAGAAGAAAGAAGACGUUUCUGCCAGCAAUGAACCCAUCUCCGUGCUCGACACCCGGAGCCCGAGCCCCUCCACCUCCACAUCCACGCUCUCCUCCUCUCUCGGCGGCAGUGCCGCGGCGCAGAAGUGGUUGGUGUCCAUGCCGCCAGAGAUUGGUUCGGUGGACGUGACGGAGUCCGCCGGAGCGGGCGCUCGUAAGGAGGAAUGGGCGGCGGAGCUGCAACAGAUUCCGGCAGGGCUGGAGGUCUCCGGUGGCGAAAGGCCUGGGUUUGGGCCGGAGGAUUGGGAGAUUUUGUUGGUCGAACCCGGUCAAGAUCAGUCUCUUCUCCCGUGGAUUGGUCACGAGGUGUUCGACGCUUCGUUUGGUCUCAAGCAGGCUAUGAAUACCAACGAAAUUGAAGCCCAUUUCGCUCCCUGCCUUGCCGAUCAGGGCUCAACUGCUAAUGCCAUGGCCGGCGCCGCUUCUCUUUCAUGUUCUGGAGGUUCAAAGACUACUCCAACUACGCCAAAUUCUUCGUCCGGAAUGGGUAAUUCCAAAGCUGCAAAUUCUGAGCUUAACCCACAAACCCCCAUAUUCGGUUCCUCUACCGAGCAUCCUUUCCCUAGUGGUGUGAUUUUUCAGCAACAAGAGCUUGAAGCCCCAGAGGAGAAACCUCAGAUUUUCAAUUCCCAUCUCUUGAUGAACCAACAACUAGUGUCUCAGUUAAGCCAGAAUCAGAACUUGUUCCCACCAUCAACCCAACAAGAUUCGGUUAAUUUCCUGGAGUCUCAUUCAAAGCGGCAGACUCAGAAUCUGGGAGUUGUAGACCUUCAUUCUCAAAUCUCAAAAGCCCCAUUUUUGGACAUUGGCCAAGAGUUUUGGUUCCGGAAGCAGCAGCAGCCAUCACCACUGGGUUUGCCUCAGCAAAUGCAAGUGGUUCCUUCUCUCCAUCUCCAGCAGCAAGCCAUAUAUGAGCAGCUGUCUAAGGCUGUGGAGCUGAUACUGGCUGGGAAUUUCUCACACGCGCAAGGGAUAUUGGCGCGGCUCAAUCACCAGCUCUCCCCUGUGGCAACCAAGCCCUUUCAAAGGGCUGCUUUUUACUUCAAGGAGGCCCUUCAGUUGCCACUCCUCAUUCCCAACCUACUCAGCUCUCAGUCUCUGCCCCCAAGGACUCCCACUCCCUUGGAUGGCUUUUUCAAGAUGGGUGCUUAUAAAUUGCUCUCUGAAGUCUCUCCACUCAUUCAGUUCAUGAACUUCACUUCCAACCAGGCCCUGCUUGAAGCUCUUGGUGAUGCUCAGCGUGUUCAUGUAAUCGAUUUUGAUGUUGGGUUUGGUGCCCAGUGGGCAUCUUUUAUGCAGGAGCUUCCUGGGAGGAGUAAUAGAGGUACCCCUUCUUUGAAAAUUACUGCUUUUGCCUCUCCUUCGACUCAUCAUCAUCUUGAGCUCGGACUUAUGCAUGAAAAUUUGACGCAAUUUGCCACUGAAUCUGGUAUCAAUUUUGAGCUUGAAGUUGUGAACUUUGAUGCUUUUGAUCCAAACUCUUAUCAGAUGCCUCCUCUCCAAUCACCUGAUAAGGAGGCAAUUGCUGUGAACUUCCCUAUCUGGGCCUGUUCAAGUCGUCCUUCUGUCCUUCCGGCUCUCCUCCGCUUCAUAAAGCAGCUCUCACCAAAUAUUGUGGUAUCACUGGGACGUGGGUGUGAACGAACCGAUCUCCCCUUCUCACACCACGUCAUGCACGCCCUCCAAUAUUAUGAGGCUCUCUUGGACUCUAUUGGUGCUGCUAAUGCAACUUCUGAAGCCAUGAGCAAGAUUGAGAGGUUCCUAAUCCAGCCUAGGAUUGAAAGCAUGCUGUUGGGGCGGCUGAAUUGCCCUGAACAUAUUCCCCAUUGGAAAUCCCUAUUUGCUUCUGCAGGGUUCUCACCCGUUGCAUUGAGCAAUUUCACAGAAGCCCAGGCAGAAUGUGUUCUGAAGGGAAGCCAAGUUAGGGGAUUUCAUGUGGAGAAGCGCCAGGGAUCGCUCAUCCUGUAUUGGCAGGGCCAGGAGCUUGUGUCAGCUUCAGCUUGGAGGUGCUGAGGAGCAGAAAUUUAACAAGCAGGGAGAUUAAUACUAGUAAUGCUAUCUUUCUCUUAGAGCUUUUAACUUGCCAUACUCUUUGAGAUUUAGUGGAAUAAAUCUUGGAACUAUGGGUUGCCACCUCUUUUAUGCUUGUAUGCUUUCUUGCUUGUGAGACUCCUCUGCUUGUUGUCUAUUUAGUGUACACCCCAGACUUGGGGAAGGAAGUAAGUAAAGUUUGGCGGUUUCGUAUC